GGUGGCUCAGAAAAACUGGGGGGAAAAAGUAUUGUGUCAUAGUGGAUUUUGCUCUGUAACUGUUCCAUUUCAUUCUACUUGUUUUCUACUAAGUGGUUAUCGGUCUGUAGGUAUAUUCAUCGGUUCUUCUGUGAACCUGGCAGAAGACUCUGAACCUGGCAGAAGACACUCAGAAGGUUCAGACACCUUUGGAGAAAAUGUCAGAAGUGCAGCUACAGUCUCCUAAUUGGACUUCCUAUUCAAUCACAAAUGGCAUGGUGACAUCAAGAUCUAUUAUUGUCAAUGACACCUUAAAUCAAGGAUGGACUGAAGACACCUUUCUGGGACUGGAAAUACUGUGCACAAUUUAUGUGACUUACGCUGUGAUUAUUUCAGUGGGGCUCCUUGGAAAUGCCAUACUCAUCAAAGUGUUUUUCAAGAUCAAGUCAAUGCAAACUGUUCCCAAUAUUUUCAUAACCAGCCUGGCGGUGGGAGAUCUCCUGCUACUGUUAACUUGUGUGCCGGUGGACGCGACGCGUUAUACUGUGGAUACCUGGCUGUUCGGAAGAACCGGAUGCAAGCUGCUCUCGUUUAUCCAGCUAACUUCUGUCGGAGUGUCUGUGUUCACGCUAACUGCUCUCAGUGCUGACAGAUACAAGGCGAUAGUUAAACCCCUGGAAUUGCAGGCUUCUGAUGCAGUCCUGAAGACCUGUGGGAAGGCUGGCUGCAUCUGGCUGCUCUCAAUGGUAUUUGCCCUCCCCGAGGCCGUAUUUUCAGAUGUAUACCCAUUCAGCGGCCCUGAGAAAAACGAGUCUUUUGAAACAUGUGCCCCUUACCCUGCCUCUGAAAAGAUAUUGCAAGAGGCCCAUUCUCUGAUUUGCUUCUUGGUGUUCUACAUUAUUCCCCUCUCUAUCAUCUCUGUCUACUAUUUUCUUAUCGCCAGAGCUCUGUACAAAAGUACUUUCGACAUUCCUUCUGAGGAUCAUGGUCAUGCCCGCAAACAGAUUGAAUCCCGCAAAAGAGUUGCCAAAACAGUGUUAGUUCUGGUGGGUUUGUUUGCUUUUUGCUGGCUACCUAAUCACAUACUGUACUUGUAUCGCUCCUUCACGUAUCACUCUUCUGUAGAUUCCUCUUCCUUUCAUCUUACUGCCACCAUUUCCUCGCGGGCUCUGGCUUUCAGCAAUUCCUGUGUAAACCCCUUCGCUCUAUACUGGCUAAGUACAACCUUCCGACAACAUUUUAAGAAACAGGUUUUUUGUUUUAAGUCAAAGCUACCCAUACGCCCUCCCAGUGUCACCAAUGGCAAUAUAAUGACGUCAGGGUUUGCUUCGGGAACUGGGGGCACCCGAGUCUCCGAAGUAAGUGUGACCUUACUUUCUGAUUAUAGCUCAAAGAACGAAGAUGUUAGUGUGUAGAUUGCAGCUCCAAAAACAAAACAACAAAAAAAACAUGAAAUAAAUGCCACUGAUUGAUUGAUCACCAUUGGUUGAAAGAACGGACACUGUGUAAUUUCCACUAACUCUUUGGAAAUGCUUUUCUUGAACCAGGAGAUGUGGUGGUCAAAUUACUUGGUGGUCUUGGCAUAGAUUCUGUUCCUGUAAAUACAAGUGAGAAGCAGCAUGGAAAGAGCACGGGCUUUGGAGUCAGAGGG